AUGCUUGUUGUGAGGACCGCUCUGGCAAACAGCAAGAUGAAGCUGAUGGAGAUACGCCCGCGUAUCGCACUGCGCAACAGGACCGCGGACCUGUGGCGCAGGAAGUUCUCGACGAGACUUGGGCUGUACGAGAAAUUGCAUCCACCGGGGGACAAGAAGACCGCUGCGACCUGCGGGUCCAAAAAGGCAGCUAAGAUCCUUGUACGGUCGAUCCCAGAUGCUGGGGGGACCAGCAUAUCCAUGAAGUGGGCCGUCGUGACAGGGGUCACGAUCAUGCUCGGGACUAUCCUGAUUGUGUCGAGGGCCGCGCGUGACAACGAUGAGGAGGAGUCCCUGAAGGAGGGGAAACGGACCGGGAGGUACCAGAGGAUCAAGAUCUUCAACAACAACUGGAUGUUCUUCUGUUACUCGACUCUCCCACUGAACGCGAUGUCGCGGCUGUGGGGACAGUUCAACCACCUUGCACUCCCCAUGUGGUUCAGACCACACGGGUACAAACUGUACAGUCACAUGUUUGGUGUCAAACUCGACGAGAUGCAGGACCCAGAUUUGUACCACUACAGAAACCUCGCAGAAUUCUUCUACCGUACUAUAAGACCGGAAACAAGACCCAUUGCGGAGGGAGAAGGGGUCGUUGCAUCCCCUAGUGAUGGCCGCAUCCUCCAGUUGGGGAUCAUCAGCUCCGAGACGGGCGAGAUCGAACAGGUCAAGGGGAUGACCUACUCCCUCAAGGAGUUUUUGGGUACUCACUCGCACCCACUGAUGGCCAAGAACGAGUCCUCGCUGAGCCUCGACGGCGACGAACUGAAACACAGGGAGUUUGCCAAGAAGAAUAACUUCCGCUCUCAGGACGAGUUGACGCCAGAUGACCCCGCGGAGGACUCACCUCCUACGAACACGGACCACUCGAUCAAUUUCCAAAUGGAGGGGGACAAGUCCCUAAAGAAUUUCAAAUCCGGUGGGUCCAAGACUUUGAAACUGCUCAGCGAAUUGUCAUCAAACAUCCCCUACUACAACCUCUUCAAUUCCAUCUCCACGGAACCGCCGGACUCGGCACUGUACUUUGCAGUCAUUUACUUGUCCCCCGGUGACUACCACCACUACCACUCUCCAACAGAUUGGGUUUGCAAGACGCGCCGUCACUUCCCAGGGGACCUUUUCUCAGUGUCUCCUUACUUUCAGAGGAAUCUCCGCAACUUGUUCGUGCUGAACGAAAGAGUCGCGUUGUUAGGAUACUGGAAGUACGGGUUUUUCAGCAUGACCCCAGUGGGAGCUACAAACGUUGGGUCAAUUAAACUGACAUUCGAUAAGGAACUCGUUACCAAUGUGAAAAGAGCCAAGCACACCGCGCCACACACUUGCUACGAAGCGACGUACUCAAACGCAAGUAAAGUGCUUGGUGGGAUGCCACUCGUUAAGGGUGAAGAGAUGGGUGGUUUCGAACUGGGUAGCACCGUCGUGCUUUGCUUCGAGGCACCCAGCAACUUCAAAUUUGACGUCAAAAUCGGCGACAAGAUUAAAAUGGGUGAACGACUGGGUGCACCCGCUGAACUUGAAAGUGGGGAUGGGGACAAAUAA